CUCCUGCAGAGAGAGAAGGGUGAUGGAUGGAUGAAGGGGGAGCUCUUCACCCGUCUCUCUCUCUCUCUUUCUCUUUCUCUAGACCUGGGACUGGGUAACAGCAGCUGCAGCGGGUGCUGAAGAAUCUGUAGCUUCCUAAAGGCUGAGGGGAAUUCGUUUUGCAAACCCGGGGACUGGGAGCAGCGUCUCUGUAACCGGCACCUCUCUCUCUCUCUCUCUCUCUCUCUCUGUUUAUGGACAGGCCAUGGCCACCUUGGUCUGCAGGGUCCAGUUCCUCGACGACACCGAUCCGUUCAAUAGCACCAACUUCCCGGAGCCCACCCGGCCCCCGCUCUACACUUUCCGAGAGGACAUCUCGCUCAUCAAUCAGAUCGCGGGGCUGCACCGACUGCUCCAGGCUCCGCACAAGCUUGAUGACUGUGCACUGCAGCUGUCCCACAAUGGUACCUAUCUCGACCUGGAGUCUAACUUGGCUGAACAGAAAGAUGAAUUGGAAGGCUUCCUGGAAGAUCCUGGGAGGGGAAAGAAGCACAGCAUGAUCCUGAGGACACAGCUCUCGGUCAGAGUCCACGCCUGUAUCGAAAAACUCUACAACUCUUGUGGCCGGGAGCUGAGAAGAGCCCUUUUUUCACUCAAGCAGAUAUUCCAGGACGACAAGGAUCUGGUUCACGAGUUUGUCGUCGCUGAGGGUCUGACAUGUUUGAUAAAAGUAGGAGCAGAAGCAGACCAGAACUAUCAGAAUUACAUCCUGAGAGCUCUUGGCCAGAUUAUGCUGUAUGUGGAUGGGAUGAAUGGGGUGAUAGACCACAAUGAAACUAUCCAAUGGCUCUACACACUCAUUGGGUCAAAGUUCCGCCUGGUGGUGAAGACAGCCCUGAAGCUGCUGCUGGUGUUUGUGGAGUACACAGAGUCCAAUGCACCACUCCUCAUCCAGGCCGUCACCAAAGUGGACCACAAGAGGGGUGUGCGACCAUGGUCAAACAUUAUGGAAAUACUGGAUGAAAAAGAUGGGAUUGACACUGAGCUUCUCGUUUAUGCAAUGACUUUAAUAAAUAAGACAUUGGCAGGUUUGCCUGAUCAAGAUUCCUUCUAUGAUGUAGUGGACUGUCUGGAAGAACAAGGGAUGGAAGCUAUUUCGCAGAGGCAUUUGAACAAAAAAGGAACUGACUUGGAUUUGGUCGAACAAUUCAAUAUUUAUGAGAUGGGCCUGAAACACGAAGACGGUGAUGAUGACACUGUUACUCUGACUGGACGCAAGGACCGACGGAGGUCAAGCCUUGGCAUGAAUGAGCGACGUGGUUUAGAACGGCGGAGAAGCCGAAGACAUUCAGUGCAAAAUAUCAAGAGUUCCUUGUCUGCCCCUGCGAGUCCUUGUAAUCCCCUGCCUGGUCAUUCAAAUCCACACUUCCUGUCAGCAAGUGGCCAGAGGCAAGAAGAUCUCAGUGAAAACAAAGACGAGGCUCAGCACUACAUGGUCUGCCAUGCCGAUGAAACAAACCCGUCUGACGAUGUAUUUGAGGCAAAUAUCUCAGAAUGCAAUGCAGACGAGGAAUACGAAGAGGAAGAAGCUGAAGAAGAGCAGCCAGUUACUGAAUCUAAUACUGAGGAUGAGGGGGAGGAUGACCCCUCUUGUCAGGGUCAGGAAAGUGAGUUGAAGCCAGAUGCAACAAUCGAAAAUGCAGAAAAUAGUCCCCAGAGUUCAAAAUAUGUAGUGAGCUUUAUCCCUGUGCCUGAAGGGGAAGGAUCUACCAGCCAGUUCCAGAUUCCUCAUAUAAAUGACCCAUCAUCUAGCUCUCCUCAGUCACCCAGUUCUCUCAGUGAUUACCAGCAUCAUUUGCAGCCAUCAUCGUUGUCAUCAUCAUCAUCAUCGCCAUCUAUUGUCACUCAUCAGUCACCAGUGGUCUCGUAUAACAAUUCUCAAGAUUCUUCAGCAAACGUUACCCCAGCUUUGUCUCCUACUGUUGAGAAGUUGCCAUAUCUUCUCCAUACGCCUUUCCAUCUGUUCUCUUACGAUCUGAGUGAAACUCCGAAAAGAGUCAAAGAUAAAGAAGCUGAAAUGAGGGAAAGCAGUCAGUUGGAAUCUUCCUACAUGAACAAAUAUACUGAGUCCUUUGAACCUUUUACAUCCAGGUCUUCUGAUAGAUACAGCAGCUAUGGCAGCAGUGCCUUCACAGGAUCUCGAUCUUACUCUGGACUCACUACACCCACCGCCUCCAGCUCUCGCUACAGGACUUCUAUCUCGCCUGCUCCGGAGGCAAAAUCCGACAGGCCAGUGCUGGGAGGUCUUCUUUCUUCAUCCUACCGACAGCAUCAAGAGUCACUGGCAGCAGAGCGAGAGAAACGGCGUCAGGAGAGAGAGGAACGAUUACAACGGAUAGAGCGGGAAGAAAGAAACAGAUUCAAUCGGGGAUAUUUAGAAAAACGUGAAGAACAAAGACUGGCAAGAGAAGAAAGAUACAAGUACCUGGAAAAAUUAGCGGCGGAGGAAUAUGAGAAGGAAGCCAGGAAUCGGGUGCCACGGGCACGGAGCGACCUUUCCCUCAGCCUGAGUUCACCUGCAGCCCCGUCUUCUCCCACCCCGAGUUGUGGGACCCUGUCACCUGUAAAGCCCCAGGAAGAGCCCAAGCCUCCAUCUGCAGCGCGUGACUCACCGCGGCCUAUAGAACUCUGUGCCAGAGAGCCAGAGCCGGAGCCGGAGCCGGAGCCAAAGUGUGAACCUGAGCCUGAACCAGAGCCCGAGCCAGAGCCCGAAUCAGAAGCUGAACGAGAAGCAGAGGUGGUCACUGAGGCAGGACCUGCGGAGCUGGGAUCAGAGCUGGAGACUGAGCAGGGACCAGAUCGAGAGCCCGAUGAAAAUGCAAUUCUGAGUGAGAAGGAGAGACAGAAUGAAGAAGUGAAUGAGAAAGAUAACUGUUCAGCUUCCAGCAUCUCAUCAGCCAGCAGCACUUUAGAAAGAGAAGAAAGGGAAGACAAAGUAACCAGCGACAAUGAAACUGGUAAAUGGACGCAAAGCGUUAAGGAGGUCAGUGUAAAUGAGCAGUGCAGCAACAUUCUCAAUAACAAACGGUUCAUGCUGGACAUGUUGUAUGCGCAGAACAAAAAGACAGAUGAUGGUGAAGAAACAGAGCUCAAGAAAAAAGAGGAGGAGAAACAAGAGUCCCUUGCCAGCCUGGCUAGCCGCAUCAGCAUUCUGCAGGCCAGCAAGCAGGCCUGUGAAGACAAAGUGAAGAAAAUGGAGAUCGACCAUUUAGAGAACCAUGGCAGCGUGAAAGCUUUUACUGACAAAUUUAACAGUGGGGAGCUGAGUAAAGGGCCUCCGUUAUCUGAUUCUGAAGAGACUGCUAAGGCUGUGGACAAAGUGACUGCACAACCUAAAACAGAAUCGGAUUAUAUUUGGGAUCAACUAAUGGCCAAUCCAAGAGAGCUAAAAAUCAAAGAUAUAGACUUCACUGACUUGGAGGAGGAGGAUGAUAUAGAUGUGUUGGACGUGGAAAACCUACUUAAUUCUGGAGAUGCAAUACUUCCUCCACCGCCUCCCCCUCUUUCUUUCAUGGGCUUACCUCCCCCUCCUCCGCCCCCUACACUGUACUGCCCACCACCUCCUCCAGUACCUGGCUUGUCAGUGCCCCCGCCACCGCCUUUUGGUCUACGACAAGCCAUGGGAUCACCCCAUCUGUCCAGGGGUGAGCCAACAUUUAUCAAGAAAAAGAAAACCAUCAGACUAUUCUGGAACGAAGUCCGACCAAUUGAUUGGCAGUACAAAAAUCACAAGCGUUGCAGAGAGCCUCUUUGGACCCGGCUGGAGCCUGUAAAAGUGGACAUAUCCAAGCUGGAACAUCUCUUUGAAUCAAAAUCAAAGGAAUUACCAGUCACUAAGAAAACAGCUGCAGAUGGCAAGAGACAGGAAGUCAUUGUGUUAGACUCAAAGCGGAGCAAUGCUAUUAACAUUGGACUGACCGUAUUACCUCCUCCAAGAACAAUCAAGACUGCAAUUCUGAACUUUGAUGAAUACGCCUUGAACAAGGAAGGCAUAGAGAAAAUCCUGACCAUGAUUCCAAGUGAAGAGGAAAAGCAGAAGAUCCAGGAGGCCCAGCUACUGAAUCCUGACAUUCCUUUGGGUUCCGCAGAGCAGUUUCUACUAACCUUGUCUUCCAUUAGUGAACUUUCAGCCAGACUCCAGCUCUGGGCCUUCAAACUAGACUAUGAGACAGUAGAGAAGGAAGUUGCAGAGCCUCUACAGGAUUUGAAAGAAGGAAUGGACCAGUUAGAGAACAAUAAAACUUUAAGAUACAUCCUGGCAACAUUAUUGGCUAUAGGGAACUUCCUAAAUGCAUCAAAUGCCAAAGGUUUUGAGCUGGGGUACUUGGAGAAAGUACCAGAAGUAAAAGACACGGUGCAUAAGCAAUCUCUGCUGCAUCACAUAGCAACUAUUGUGGUGGAAAAAUUUCCAGAUAGUUCAGACCUGUACUCAGAGAUUGGGGCCAUCACGAGGUCAGCCAAGGUGGACUUUGACCAACUUCAAGAAAACCUUUGUCAGCUGGAGCGGAGGUGCAAAGCCUCUUGGGAUCACCUGAAGGCAAUUGCAAAACAUGAGAUCAAAUCCACCCUGAAGCAAAAAAUGUCUGAGUUUCUGAAGGAUUGUGCUGAGAGGAUCAUCAUUUUAAAAAUUGUUCACAGGAGAGUAAUGAACAGAUUCCAUGCAUUUCUACUCUUCAUGGGACAUCCCCCACAUGCAAUCAGAGAUGUGAACAUUCACAAGUUCUGUAAAAUCAUCAGUGAGUUUGCUCUUGAAUACCGCACCACAAGGGAACGAGUGUUGCAGCAAAAGCAAAAACGAGCCAAUCACAGAGAAAGAAACAAGACCAGAGGCAAAAUGAUUACAGAUACUGAUGAUGAAGAUGAUGGUGAGACAGGAAAGUUCUCCAGCAACACUGAAACUGUCUCGAGUGAGAGCCAGCCACAGGGAUUGCAGUCUGCAGAAGAGGCAGCUGAACAUGAAAACAUGAAAGCUGUACUGAAAACCUCGGUACCGAGUGGCGAAGUCACCACCGCUGUGCCAGGUGUGCGUACCCGAACAAGAGCCAACCGAGGCCGCGUUGGGUCGUGGACUGCAGGCAAUGAUGAUUCUCCAAACGCCACAGAUGAUGCCGCAGAUGAAAUAAUGGAUCGGAUUGUAAAGUCUGCCACUCAAGUGCCAAACCAGCGGGCCGUGCCUAGAGAGAGGAAAAGGUCGCGUGCAAACAGGAAGUCUUUAAGAAGAACAUUAAAGAGUGGCCUGACACCAGAAGAGGCCAAAGCACUGGGUUUACUCAGCACCUCCGAGAUGCAGGUGUGAAGUGACUGAGCAUGAACUGAGGCAGGAGACAUCAGUAGCACGUGGACAAGGCACAGCUAGAAACAUCCAACUGGCAACCAUUUGCUGCUCCUGACAUCCAGUCAUCACCCAGCUCCAUUCAUCAUAUGACGCAUAUGAGAAACAAGAGCUAGCAAGAGAUGUCGCAUUUUGGCACUAAAGUUCUGACGGCUUUUUUUUUUAAAUUUAAAAUCAGGAUUGUUCAGAAAUAUUUAUACCUAGGUAAAAGUGUUGCUUUUUGUUUUCGUAUCUAAUUGAAGUGAUUCGAAAAAUUUACUGAGUAAGCUGUUGUACGAGAUAUGUUUACGUUGGCUUUACAUGUGGCCUACUUAUGUAGCAAUAACAUGCAUCAUAUCAGUGUAAGCUCCAGGCCUUAAGGAGACAGUGUGCUGAUGUUGACAGGCCAAGAACCUAGCUGUGUGUCAGGACCUUCAUCUGACUGUUGUCUAGCCUACAUCCAAAAAGGAUUUAAGAUAUUCUUAACAGAAAUCCUUCAAUUCUGCAAGAGUAUUACUUUUUGCAGGCUUCUUCACUGAUGGCUAUUGAUUUUUUUUUCCUGCAGUAUUACUGCCAUUGAUGUGCAUUCAAUAUUUUUUAAAAUAUAUUUUAAAUAUUAUGGAAUGCUAUGAGAGUUGGGCCAGCAAAGGGUCUAAAACAGGUAACAGAUAUUGUCUUAUUCACUCCAUUUAAAUACUAAAGGCUGAAGGAGGUGGUAUCAGUAAAAUACGAGAUGAAAUUUGCCUCUUUCUUAAUAGCACUGUAUUUUUUCCCAAAAUUAGUAUUGCAGUUAACAUUUCCCUUGACUGACUUUGGUCAAAGAAGGUAAAGUAAUUGUUUUUGGUAAGUGAAGUGAUUGAAUAUGUAUCUUGGUGGCACUCUGUUGGUUGGAGAUCAGAGCUAGGAGCCUAGAUCGCCCAAUGUGCCUCACCUGUUGGGUGAAGAUUUGCCCUGAUUGCUCUUUAUUGUGUAGAAUAUUCCAAGUGCAUUCAGAAAGAAUACAUCUAUGAUGUUGCGACACGUAGCAACUGGAACAGUUCUUCCCAAUCCUUGAGGUGACUAUGGCUUGCACUUUCCAGUUGGUGCAAUAGUACAGUAGUUAGUGUCAUGUGUAGCCCACCACUCAAUUCUUGCUAGAGGUUCAUUGAUCGCAGUAGAAUGAAGGGUGAGGAAUUUUGUGGGAAGAAGAGUGUUUUCAAAGGCUAAUGAUAUUACAAAUUCUCCAAAGGCACUGGUAUUGUAUAAUACUAAUCGUGUAACAUACUUUAUUAAAUAACAUGCAUGUGUAUUAUAUCUGUGUGGGGAAAAUAGGUCAUUGGACUGAAACAAAGACAAUCAAGUUGAAUCUUGAAAUUCAGUAAGCAAAUCUCAAUUCCUCAGUACAGCAUGGGUGAUUGUUGCUUUAUCUUACCCGGUUAAUACAAGAAGUAGGUACUUGAAAUUAAAAACCAUCUUGUUUUGAGUCAUUGGGUAGGUACUUGGGAGGAUUGAGGCCCCUAGAGAUGGGACAAGUAUGGGUACUACCAGCUGAGUGAGUUGUGAGUAACAAGUGGUUUGCUUGAAUCUGCUAUUUGUGUGGAUUCAUUUCAAGUCUGUAAGGUGAUUAUUGUCCACAAGCUAAAGGAGAGCUGCAGUACAUCACCGGAGUAUGAUGUGUUAAAUGAUAUUAUGAAAGCAGAAGAUGGUUGGAUGCAUGGAAAAACCAUGAGAGUAACAUUUUAAUAUGGCAGUGGGGAUAUUCUUAACCGUAACAGCAACGUUAUCAGUUAAGUUUGGACAUUAAGGAAUCCAAAGUCAAAACAUAUUGCGUUGUGAUUGAAUAUGCUUUGAAGCUGCUUUUAACUGUUUUAAGCGGAUGAUAGUUUAUAACAAUUUCAAGUCAGUUCAGAAUUUGGCCCACCAGUAAUCUCUAUAUAUUUGGGCUCAGCUUGUUUAGAUGUGAGUUUAUGAUUAAAUGAGCUGGAUUUAAUACAGCCUGUGGUGACAGUAAUCAUGGCAGCCAUGCCCGAUUAAUCGUGGAAGAGACCCUGCCUCUGUCUCCUGGUGGCAGCAGUGCCUCUCCUGAUUUAAGUCGGAGGGCGGAAGGGGCUGAUGCGAGAUUCUUGGCCACGUGCAGUGGGAUGUCAGUUAGGCUCAUUAAUGAACCGACUGACACCCAUUAUCCCUGAGCUCACCACAAUUCAGUGAUGGCUCGGGAAUCAAAUGGGAGCCACACAGCUUUUCGACCCCUCCCGAAGGCAGCAAACCCUGUCGGAUAUUCUGUGCCCCUUUGAGGGAUCAGCAUCGAGGGGGGUGGGCCGCUGGAAACCAUUCUCUCCCCCCCCCCCCACUCCGGCCCUCUUUCCCAUGAGCCCCAACUCACGACCCCCAACUCACGACCCCCAUGCUGUCCUCACACCUUUGGCCUGGGGUCCCUUGCUGACCCUGGGCCUCUGGUAGAUGCAUUGUUGGCAGCUGCCAUGCUCCUGGUGGUGCUGGCGGCAGUGAGCAACCACCAGCCUCUGGCUGGAAACCCUUGUCGGGCAGUACAUCUGGCCCUGGUGUCCUUAAUCUCAAGGAAGGCCUGAUGAUGGCCACUUAGGUGCCUGAAGGGCACUUAAUACUGCCGGGCCUCCUUCAUGGAACUGAUGGGAGUUCCCUGACAGUUCUCUGACCAGUGAGUGAGCCCUCAUCUGGAAAAUUAAAUUCUGCCCAAUGCCUCUGUAACUAGUGUUUAUAAGAUGAUAACCACUAUAAAAUAAUUAUAGAAAGGCAAACAAGAAUGACAUACUUAAUAAAUUUCUAUGCUUCAGAAAGCUCCUGUGAAAACGCUAGGGAAAAGGGAUAGUUUUUUUUAAAUAGAUAUAAAAAAAAAUUAAAAUCACAGUAAAUAUUAUAAAGGGGUGUAUCACCUGUAUUAAAAUCAGUAGCAGUAACACAGUAAAAGGAUUCAGACAAGGUUCAAUGAAUACAAAGGCCAAGCAGUUUCUACGGCCACCUGAGCCUCACAAUUCUGUUGCUGCUUUUUAGACGCCUUGUUCCAAUGUAACUUUUAUUCCUUAAACUUGGGACAUUUCAUAACGAUUUAACUAGUGUGCAUUGUGGACCCCAAGGAAAAUUAAUGAGCCCAUGGGCCAAAGUGGCUGGUUCUAGAGUUUUAUAUUUUUUUAUAUACGCCAUGAGCUGGUUCUGGCUAUGAUAUUGUCUUACUAACUCAACAACGUUUCUUGCUUUUCAGUUUUUGUCCAACGGAGAAAUCUUUAUAUCUCCACAGUGUUCCUUACUUGUGGUGUUUAGUGCUGAUUAAACCACCCCUUGUUUCACUCUCGCUGAGGAAACAAGAUUAUUACUGCCCAUGGGCUGAAUUUUUCCCUCAUUGGGGGCGGGCGCAGGCCCGACCCGAACAAGCAUAAAAUGGCGCCCGAUAUUUCGGUUGACAGGCGUGUGUGGGAGUCAGCAGGGCACCCGCUGGUGAUUAAGCAGCCUAUUAAGGCCCUUAAUCGAUUCUUUGAUUGGAAUUUUUUUGCUGCCCACCCAACCGUUCGGUUGGCAGGCGGGCGAAAAGGCCAAGCGGGAUGAGGUUUCGACCAGCGAUUAAGAAAAAUAAAAACUUUUAACACUCCUAUUUAACGUGUCCCUGCUCAUGUGACAGAGUCACAUGAGGGGACGUGUUUUCAUUAUUUCAAAUAUCCUUAUUUUUAUUAUUGAAAAAAUCUUCAACUCCCUGAGGCAGCUCUGUGCCUCAGGGAGCUUUUACUGUGCGCACACUUAUGUGCUCCCCACCCUGGCAGCGCUGAGCGCUGCAGCGCACAUUUCACGCUGGCUGGCCGUUCGUUGGCCAGAUCAUGGGCGGCGGUUGGCUUCCUGCCUGCCAGACAAGGGUAAAAUUCUGCCCCAUGACUCAAUACAGCUUUGAUGCAAAUUAUCAGAUAAUUCAAUUUUUAGCACCAAAAAAAAAGCCUUUAAUAAACGUAUUGGUUUCAGGAGCGAUGGAAUAAUCUGAUGUUAUGUAGCAAGGUUAAAAAUCUGUGACCCGUGCAGGACUCUAAAGACAGAACCAAUCCUUGUUAUAAGGAAGUUAAUAUCAAUGAAUUGUUACUGGGAUUGAGAUGAAGAAAGACCCAGGAUGAAUAUUUCCUUUUCAAAGUAUUCCUCUCCUAUCUGUUUUGGAAAAAAAAAACAAGUAACUUGAUUGAUCUCUUAUUUGUGUUUAAAUGAUGGCAAAAAAUCCUGGCUUAACAGAAACUGGUUAUUCAUUCCUUCUUUCCAUCUAAAGCUGCUUAGUGAUUAUUAGCUAUAGGGAAUUGAAGGGAGCACUUGUUUCCUGGAGCUUCUCCUUUCAUUUCAGUGCGAUUUAGAUGGGUUUGCAAUCAGACAAAUCUCUCUUAAUGGCUGGGUGCAUUUUCACAUUUCGGGCUUGGUCAGUUGCAGGUUUGCUUCCAGGCUGGCACAAACUUCUGACCGAUGGGGACAAAUCAGGAAAUGGUGAUACUCCCACCAAUUAAUGUUACCAGUGGAGCGCUGAGGAAAAAAGAGAUUGGAAAUGUCAUGUCACCUUGUAGCCAGAAAGAAUGUGGACAUUGACCAGGAUUUUACAGUCGGUGUGCGGAGAUGGGCCUGACCACGCUGGUGUGUAAAGUGACAUGCGAAAUUGCGUCCUGAAGUCAUUGCGAUGUUUCAUUCGGGCUGUGUGCCCGCCGAUAAUUGGUAGGCCUAUUAAGGCCAUUAAACGAAGCAAUUAAUUUCAAGUUUACGCUGCCCGUCCAACCUUAAGGUUGGUGGGCAAGUGAAAAGGCCAAGCAGCCUUUAUGUUUUUUUUAAGGAAACCUCAUCCGCGAGCGGGAUGAGUUUUCCUAAAGCAUUUACGAAUUAAAUGAAAAGAUUUCCUGAGAAAUAAAAACCUGUCCCAUCUCACGUGACACAGUCACACCAGGGGACAUGUUCUAUUAAAUAUUUAUGACGUUCAUUUAUUUUUUUUCAAAAGCGCUUCAAGGCUUGGAGGCACGGAGCUGCCUCAGGGAGAGCGCUGGACCCGACUCUUGCCCUCCCACACCCC